AUGACGACGGAUUCUCAACAAAAUCCCAUCCGCAAGUUUGUCGGCCGGCUGCGUGCCGGUAGCAUGAGCCUCAUCUCCCCACGAUCCUCCUCCCACAGCAGCCACGACUCCGGCAGCACCUCCGGCCAUCAUCACGGUGGCGGCGGCGGCUUCUCGCAGCGGCGCAAGACGAGCUCGCCGCGCAACUCCCUCUCCAGCCUCUCGGCGGCGGCGGCCCGCGACGCCGCCCUCUCCCUCAGCCUCUGGAACGCGGCAUACGACGGCCUCCGCGACGGGCCGUCCACCGCGGGGCUCGUCCUGGCGUACGAGUCCAUCGUCUCGCAGGAGCUGCCGAGCCACAUGAAGACGGGCGGCAUGAGCAUGAACUUUCGCGGGCGCUCCGACGAGGACCGCCUGCGGCUGCUGCAGGAGGUCACGAGCGCGGGCCUCGCCAAGCGGAGGGGCUCGCGGACGGAGCAGGAUGCGUCGCGGGCGCGCGCGACGAUUGAUGCCGCGAAGACGGCGAUUGAUGCCGUGGUGCCGGUCUACACGUCGUCGGCGGUUGCGUGGGCCGGGAUAUGCACCAUGACGCCGCUUUUGUUGGAUCCCAUUUUAGGACUUGACUACAUGUGUGCGGGGAUUUCUCACGUCCUCGGUCGCAUCGACUUUUACAUGACGCUAGUUUCCCUGCUGGUCCCGGGGAGCUGGCGCGACGACGCCAAGUUUCGGUCGCAGCAGGACGCCGUGCGGGAUCAAAUAUCGAGGCAAUACCGCAAAAUCCUGGAGUUUGAGAUGAAUACCGUGUGCGCUGCCGCCAGCGCCUGGAACCCCGCUGCGAAGAACGUGGUUGACUGGAACGGCUUGGCGGGGAUGAUCAAGACCAUCCAAGAGGCCGACGAGGAGAUUGUUGAGCGCAUCAGGGCCAAUGCGACGGCCGUGACGAGGUAUAGGCUGCUGAAGAGUUAUAAAGACCUGGAGCCCCUCGCGGCUUCAGAAGAGUCCAUGACCCAUCAUCACAUGGCUGCCAUUGCGACGGCGGUAGCCGCAUGA